CUGUUUUUCCUUACAUCAGAACCAUUUAACACCUACAAACACAAAACUCCAUCCCCUCGUUCAAUACUGUGUCAAAAACUCAACACCCAACCCCACAUCCAACUCAUCUUUUCACUUUCCUCAUUCAUUUCUAACAUAAAUCCCUCCCCCUUUCACCACAAACCAAACCCUUUUCAGUUCCUUAGCUGUAUCUCUCUUCCUAAAGUGCUACCACACCCCCUCCAUAAAUAAUCUUGCAUCCCUUCAUAUAUCAAAGAGGAAAACAGACACCAUGAACAGUUUUGAUUCUCAGAGACAAGACUCGAUGGCAAGGAGAUCGCGGCAACAAGACAGAAGAUCAUUCCCACUGCCCAACAACGUCAUCAGUCCAAGAUUUGCCAGUGGCAGUGGUGGCGGUGGCUGUGCGGCACCGUCUUCAGCCAACCAUAACAAGCCCCAGGGUUUCCAUGGCUUGAUGGAGGACGACCUUCUUGUCUCCAGCGUGGUGCCGCCAGUGACUGUGGUGCUGGAGGGCCGUUCUAUCUGCCAGCGCAUCAGUCUCCAUAAGCAUGGUAGCUACCAGAGUCUGGCCAAGGCCCUCCGCCAGAUGUUCGUGGACAGCAACGACGACGGAGGCAUUUCGGAAACCGAUCUCGAUCUUUCUAACGCUAUUCCCGGUCACCUAAUUGCAUAUGAAGACAUGGAAAACGAUCUGCUCCUUGCCGGUGACCUUAAUUGGAAGGAUUUUGUACGAGUGGCCAAGAGAAUCCGGAUCCUACCAGUGAAGGGGAACGCAAGGAAGGGAAGAGGAGAAGCAUAGUUGGUUGGGAUUUGGGCAUUAUUUCUGGAUUGUGGAAGUCAAGGAAAUGAAGUUUUGUGAAAUUAAAUAUAGAGCAAGAAGAAAAAAAAAAUGGAAACAAAGAAAGAGGUGACUAAGUUGGAUGGAUUUGUAUGCGUUUUGUUUCCUUGCAUGAAUAAAAGGCUUCUUUCUUGCGGAUUUGCUCAUGCUUAUACCUAGACCUAGUAAUAUUCUUUUCAGAUUUCUGUGCUUAAUUUGUAUCUGGAAAAAACAGAGAGGAAAUAAGUUUAAGUUCUACUC